AUGAUAGGUUCACUUUGCCUGGUGUCCUUCGUCAGUGGAUUUUCACAUGGGGCCAGUCCAUCUGCUUGUGCCGACAUGAAGCCGAAUCACAUCAGUGCUCACUCCCAGGACCCACGCAGCAGCUUCAUCACAGUGCACACCAAUAAGUCUACCUACCUCCCUGGGGACGAGGUACCAGUGACUGUAAGAAGCACACAAGACUUCAUGGGCUUCCUCAUUCAAGCUCGGCGAGUGGCUGAUGACCAAGUGGCCGGUAUAUUCAUUCACAUUUCUCCUGGGUCCAAACUGCUGAAGUGUUUUGAGGAUGGAGAUACAGUGACCCACUCGGACAAGUCACUGAAGAGAAACCUCUCCUUUGUCUGGAAAGCACCAGACCAACUCACUGGAGACAUCAAGUUUUUUGUUUCAGCCGUCCAGUCAUACUUCAUAUACUGGAGCAGAAUCGAGUCUGCUCUUAUUUCUGACCAAAAGCAUAAUGAUUCUAUGUUGACCAAAAAUGAGGAAUUAAUGGAAACACUCCAGACAUCAGUAUAUAACAAUGCAACUGUAAGAAAUGCUCCUUUUACUGAAGACUUCAUUACUCCUCAAGUAGUCACUCAGGUGCAGCAGGACUUUUCACAGACUCUAAUGAUCACCAAGGAAUGGUCCCUCAGAUUGCAGUCUACAUAUGCGGAAAACUCUUUGUCCAAAGUGGAUCAGGAUGUUGCACCUGAGGAGUCCAGCUUGGUUCUGCGUGGAAGUUUGCAGCCAUCCUUGAGCUCCAUAAGCAGAGGGAAACUUACUGAACUCCUAUCAACUGAUAACAACUUCCUGUUGAAAUCCUCAGAGCCUGAGGCCAUGGAAAGCAACCAUAUUUUGAAUACUGAGAGUGACUUCAAUCUUACUUCUCAGUCUUGCAUCAGCUGCAGUAAUAAUGAACAAGUCACUGUAUGGACCACUUCUACAGUUGUUAAUUUAAGACCUUCUGAUGCAACUUCUGGACAAGGUUAUUCUACCUUCUUGUCUGCUAACUUCUCUACGGACAGAGAAACGCAAUGGGUGUCUUCAGAUAUGAGAGAUCACGCAAAACAAGCUGGAGCAGCAACAAUUCUGGGCACAGGACCAUACCCAGAUAUGGAGGAUGUAAGACCAACAGGGACUAUCAAGCAGCUGAUGUCACAACGUGCAUCAGCAAAUUUCCUGCAGUCUUCAAAAAAUUCAGGUUCCAAAGUUAAUGUGGAUAAAAUAGCAAGAAACAUGUCAGUCAGGGUGACACAGCAUGAACAGAAAGAUAAUGGCCCAGGUAUUGGAGAUGAUGGCUCUAAAGGUGCAGAGCUGGGCAUCCCUCAACUCGGAAUCCUGCUUGGCUGCUCUGCUGCUCUUGGCAUGGCGCUAGCCAUGGGGACACGCCAUUUCCUCUCUCAGCACUGUCGGAAACGCACAGAAGUGUCCUUCCGAGAUCCUAACGGUAGCAUCAUGGGAGUGGGAGACAGCGGUGAGCUGGUGCACGUCAGAAAGAUACGUGAAAAUAGCUUUGUGCUUGUUCAAGCUGAAUACAAUGUGAUCAAUCCACCAGUCACUGUUGGAAAGUAA